AUGCUGCCUGCUGCCUCAGCCCUGUCAGGUGCAAAAGGAAAUGACAGCAAAGAGGAAAUAAGUUUGCAGCGCCUGUGGGGAGCGCGCUGGACUGAGGUGUUGGCAAGGGACGGAUGCACGGCCGUGCCACUUGGGCACUGCUCCAUUGGGAAUGGCCCCAGCACAGAGCACGAGCUAAGGGGAUUGGGCACAUUGAAAGGUGCUGGGCUCGUGGGCAUGGCGUCCGGCCCCAUGUCCUCCGCCGACUCCUCCAGCCUCAGUACCCUGGAGGAGCUGUCCGAUGCCUUCGAUUCAGCCCUGGGGCGCCAUGACGACUCCAGCUCGCUGGGCUCCGACUCUGAGCUGAACGGGGCCGCCCCUUAUCGCCAGACCGACCGCUAUGGCUUCCUUGGGGCCAGUGGCGCCCAGGAUGGCCUGGGCCAGCCCCCAGUAGAGCUCAUCCGGCACCGGGAAGCCAGAUGGCUGGAGAUGACAUCGCACUGGGAGAAGGCCAUGGCCAGGAGGUACAAGAAGGUGAAGGUACUGUGCCGUAAAGGGAUCCCCUCGUCCAUGCGCGCCCGCUGCUGGCCCCUGCUGUGCGGAGGGCAGGCCAGCAUGGACCGCAACCAUGGCAAGUACAAGGAACUGGAACAGUCACCUGGCGACCCGCAGUGGUUGGAGACCAUUGAGAAGGACAUCCACCGCCAGUUCCCCUUCCACGAGAUGUUCCUGUCGCCUGAGGGACAUGGGCAGCGAGGGCUCAUGCAGCUCCUGAAGGCCUACACCGUGUAUCGGCCCCGCGAGGGCUACUGCCAGGCCCAGGGCCCUGUGGCUGCAGUGCUGCUCAUGCACAUGCCUGCUGAGCAAGCCUUCUGGUGCCUGGUGCAGAUCAGUGAGCGCUACCUGCCCGGUUACUACAGCCCUGAGAUGGAGGCAGUGCUGCUGGAUGGCGAGGUCUUCGUGGCACUGCUGCGGCGCGUCUGCCCCAAGGCCUACAAGCACCUGCAGAAGCACAGUGUGGGGCCGCUGCUCUACGUCACCGAGUGGUUCCUGUGCCUCUACAGCCGCACCCUGCCCUUCCCCACCGUGCUGCGCAUCUGGGAUGCCUUCCUCAGCGAGGGGGUGAAGGUGCUGUUCCGGGUGGGGCUGGUGCUGGUGCGCCUGGCGCUGGGCUCCUCGGAGAAUCUGCGGGACUGCACGGGCGUGGUGGAAACACUGGAAAAGCUGCGCAGCAUCCCAGCCCGCCUACUGCAGGAGGACACGUUCAUGGCCGAGGUUCACAACGUGGCCGUCUCGGACCGCGAUGUGGAGCGCGAGUGCCGGACCCAGCUAGCCAAGCUGCGCAAGGUCCGGCCUGAUUUCGGGUACCGCCCGGAGCAGCGCCUGCCCAACGCCAAAGCCAUCUUCGACGCCCAGCAGCUGGAGGAUGCGCAGCAGCCCGGGAAGGGCAGGCACCCAGCGUCUGCCUUCCUCAUCCCCGAGAUUGUGGUGGACCCCCCCCAACCCCCCCCCAAGGAGCAGCGCCGGCUGGAGAGGGAGCGGCUGAAGGAGCAGCGCCGGCAGGAGCAGGAGCGGCGCCGGCAGGAGGAGGCAGCCGAGAAGCAGGCUCGUAAGAAGAAGCCCCCAGGCAGGAAGAAACCAGACACGCGUGGCAAGACUUUCCACGUGGCCCAGCGCCCCAUGCUCAACCUAGCACAAGAGGGCGGGGAAGGGGAGGAGCCUGGCCCUGCCAAGAGAAACUCUGCCCCCUACCUGGAGACCUAUUUCUGA